UCCCGGCAGCAAUACCAUGAGAAUCGGCUGAAGUAUCUUGCAGCUGAGAAGGAUGAAGUAAAAAACCCUUAUCCACACAGAUUUGCUGUCUCUAUGUGUAUUAGUGAGUACAUUGAUACCUAUGGGGGGAUGGGCAAUGGAGAGCAUAUUGAGGACACAUCUGUGUCUUUGGCUGGACGAAUCAUGCAGAAACGGUCUUCAGGUGCAAAGCUUGUCUUUUAUGAUCUGCAUGGUGGGGGUUCAAAGGUCCAGGUUAUGGCUGAUGCAAGGAACUCUGAAAUGGAUGAGGCUGAAUUUUUCAAGUUCCAGGAAACAAGAUAUCGACUCCGCCAUUUGGAUUUGAUGCUGAAUAAUGAGGUUCGAGAAAUAUUUAAGACCAGGAGCAAAAUUGUUUCUUACGUUAGGAGGUUCCUCAAUGACCUUGAUUUCUUGGAGGUUGAAACACCAAUGAUGAACAUGAUUGCCGGUGGAGCAGCAGCCCGUCCAUUUGUAACACAUCACAAUGAACUUAACAUGAGAUUGUUUAUGCGAAUUGCACCCGAACUCUAUCUUAAGGAGCUAGUUGUUGGUGGCUUGGACCGUGUUUAUGAAAUUGGAAAGCAGUUUAGAAAUGAGGGCAUAGAUUUGACGCAUAACCCUGAGUUCACUACAUGUGAGUUCUAUAUGGCUUACGCAGACUAUAAUGACUUGAUGGAGAUUACUGAGCAAAUGUUGAGUGGUAUGGUUAAGGAACUUACAAAGGGAAGUUAUAAAGUCAAAUACCAUGCAAAUGGGAUGGAUAAGGAUCCAAUUGAGAUUGAUUUUACUCCACCUUUCACAAGGAUCGACAAGAUAGAGGAGUUGGAGAAGAUGGCAGGCCUAAGUAUUCCCAAGGACUUAUCCAGUGAGGAAGCUAAUAAGUAUCUGAAGGAUGCAUGUUUGAAGUUUGACAUCAAAUGCCCUCCACCUGAAACAACGGCUCGUUUAUUGGAUAAACUUGUGGGUCACUUCGUGGAGGAAAAGUGUGUGAAUCCUGCAUUCAUCAUAAACAGUCCAGAGAUAAUGAGUCCUUUGGCAAAGUGGCACAGAUCAAAACCUGGCCUCACUGAACGUUUUGAAUUGUUUGUUAAUAAACAUGAAAUAUGCGAUGCAUACACUGAAUUGAAUGACCCAGCAGUACAGCGCCAGCGAUUUGCAGAACAACUCAAGGAUCGGCAAUCAGGUGAUGAUGAAGCAAUGGGCUUGGAUGAAACAUUUUGUACUGCUUUAGAGUACGGUUUGCCUCCAACUGGCGGCUGGGGUAUGGGCAUUGAUAGGUUGACCAUGUUGCUGACUGAUUCACAGAAUAUUAAGGAGGUUCUCCUCUUCCCAUCCAUGAAACCCCAAGAUUGAACAUUCUAAGUUUUUGCUGGUGUUCGGGA